AUGGUUGAGCCGGAAAGAAGAUACUCAAAGGCUGAACGAGUGUUACUAUCAUUGGUGAAUACGAAAAAGAAACUCAGGCAUUAUUUUGAAUCCCAUCCUAUCAUUGUUCUGACCACUUUUCCUAUAAAGGUGAUCUUGCAUAAGUUAGAUCUGUUUAGGAGAAUGACAAAAUGGGCCAUAGAGUUGAGUUCAUUUGACAUAACGUAUGAACCCAGAACGGGAAUAAAAAGACAAGCCGUGGCUGAUUUCCUGCUCAAAUAUGAUGUGGAAGAUAUAGAAGAAGACCUUGAAAGCUUUUCAUGGAAGCUUCUCGUUGAUGGCUUCUCAAAUCAAAUGGGUGCAGGAAUUGGGAUCAAACUGCAGACACCAGAAGGCAUCACGCUGAGUCAAGCAAUUAGACUUGAGUUCCAAGCAACCAAUAAUGAAGUAGAGUAUGAAGCAUUGCUGGUAGGAUUGAAGUUUGCCAAAGAACUGAAGAUCAAAAGGCUAGUUGCUUUUAGUGAUUCACAACUGAUCAUUCGGCAGGUGAUAAGGGAGUAUGGUACCAAAGAUAAGACAACAGAUGCAUAUCGUUCUGCGGUUAUGCAUGAAGCAAAAGACUUUGAUCAAAUCAAGUUCAUCCAGUUGCGGAGGGAAUGUAAUGAGGAUUCCGAUCGGUUAGCUUGUAGAGCGUUAAGUUCUGGAAAAACAUUGGCAAGAAUGAUUCCAAUUGAUGUGUUGUGCCAACCAUCUAUCUUCGAGGAAUCAUCUAGCUCAGAUCCUCGGCAAGUAAUUGUCAUACCAUAUGACCUGAGAUGGAUUAAUCCAAUCAUGACUUUUAUACAAGAUGGCGUGUUGCCCGAACGGAAAGAUGAGGCAAGAAAAAUCAGAUCAAAUACUGCAAAGUAUGCAAUUGUGCAUAACCAGUUGUAUAGAAGGUCUUUCUUAGGACCAUACUUGAAAUGUGUUACCCCCUCAGAAGUUAGGCAUAUCCAGCGAACGAUCCAUGAGGGUGUGUGUGGCAAUCAUUUAGGAGGGAUAUCUCUGGCGCACAAGGCGAUGACGCAAGGGUAUUUCGCCGAACAUGUCGCGUGA